AUGGAUGAGAAUCUCAGUUCUACAUGCAACCAGACCACUCUGUACGAAGAGAGCAGGCUGCCUUUGGUUUUGGUGUACAGCGUCAUCUUUGCUGUGGGUGUGCCAGCCAACAUCGUGACCACCAUCUUGACCUUCGUCCAGAUGUACAGGGGGAACAUUCUCUCCAUCUACCUGUUCGGCCUGUCGUUGUGCGAGUUGAUGUACCUGAGCACCCUCCCCCAUUGGAUCAUCUACGUGCAGAAGGGCCACUAUUGGACCAUGGGGCAAACAUCUUGCAAGGUGAUAGGCUACAUCUUUUUCUGCAACAUCUACAUCAGCAUUCUUCUCCUGUGCUGCAUAUCCAUUGAUCGCUACAUGGCAGUGGUCUACCCGUUGCGGAGCAGAGGGAUACGGACACAGAGGAUUGCCGCGGGGGUGACGUUGGUCGUCUUUGGCAUCGUUGCAGUGAUCUAUAGCCGUGUGUUUUUUGACAACAACAUCCAGGGGCCAAACAGCACUACCUGCUUUGAAAGCACUCUCAACAACCACCUGGCCAUCAUCAACAUCGUCCGGUUCCUCAUCGGCUUUGUCACCCCUUUUGCAAUCCUCAUUUUCAUGAACUACAGAAUCUUUCAAAACGUCAAAAUCAGCUAUAGCUUGAAUCCACAGAAGAAAUCUAAAGUGAAGUACCUGGCCGUUGCGAUCAUUUCCAUCUUUGUGGUCUGUUUCGCUCCUUACCAUUUCACAUUGCUCGUACGAGCCGUCCAUUUUCAUCAGAACCCAGAGGACCACUGCGUCUUUGAGAACAAAACGUACACUGUGUCUACCAUAUUCCUGUGUUUGUCCACCGCCAACAGCGUCGCAGACCCAUUUAUUUAUGUGCUGGCUAGUGAGAACGCGAGAAACGAAAUAUGUCGGACUUUCAGGUUCGUUGGGGUUCGUUUCUUGAACGAUUCCAAGAUGGACAGUAACAAGCCCAGCAGCAUCCAAAAGACACCGGUGGAUCCUUCAGAGGAACAUCAAGAGGACAGGUAGCAUCUCCUUAUGGAAAGUGUGCAUAAAAGAGGAAGGCAGGAAACUUUUUCAUCAGGAAGGACCUCUUUCUUCUUACGUCUAAGAGACUCAGCAAGACCCUGCUCAUUUGCAGAGGAAAGUAAACCAUUCCUGUUGCACAGAAUAGUUUCCUUGCAUCAGAUGCUACGAACAGACCUUGCAGUAAAUCCUGGCCAUUUUGUGUAAUGGGAUUACAUCAUGACGCCGUGCUUUGUGGCCAGAUCUGUCCUCGGUACGGGACGUGAUGUGAAAGUGAAAGGUCGUGGUGGAGUAAUUGAUAUUGUUACUAGAUUGUUACCCUCUAGGUACAGAGGGAAGUGUUGAAAUCAAACUGUCGGACAGAAUUCAAAGAAGAAACAGGAAAUGUUA